AUGCCCAUCCCAUCCCCCCAACCACCCGCGUCCAAACCCAUCACGACCACCACGCCAACCCCCCGCUGGAUCCUCCUCGCCCUCUCCAGCGGCGCCUUCGCCGCAUUCAACGGGCUCUUCGCGAAACUAACAACCGACACCCAAACCACCUCCUUCGCCGCCUCCCUCCUCCGUCUCUUCGGCAGCACCACCACGAACACCGACGACCAUCCGGUCUUGAUGCUGGCGAUUCGAGGGAUCUGCCUCGCCCUCAACAUCCUCUGCAACAUCAUCAUGUGGGCGCUGUUCACGCGCGCCCUGACCGCGUCCCCCUCUACCACCAAGGUCUCGAUCACCAACACCGCGGCCAAUUUCUUGGUGACGGCCGUGUUGGGCAUGGUGGUGUUCCGGGAGACUGUGGGCGGGCUGUGGUGGGUCGGCGCGGCGAUGAUGGGGACCGGGUGUAUUAUUGUUGGGAUGAGGGAGGAGGGGGAAGCGGGGGGGUCGUAG